AUGAAAGAUUAUCACAUUUUAAUUGGGAUAUUUAUGAUAUUAGGAUUUGUAUUAAAUAUAAAAAUAAGUAAAAAAGUCAGUUUUUUAAAUAAUACUUGUAACUUAAAUAAAUACAAAGAAUUCAAAAUAAAAAGAAACAAAUAUAUAAAAAUCUAUAAUAGCAAAAAUGAUAAAACUAAUAAACUUGUGUUUGAUGAAUAUGACGAAAAUUGUAUAAAGGCUUUAAUUAUGGCUAGAGAAGUUGCUAAAAAUAACAAUGAAAAUGAAGUUUUGCUUAAGCAUCUACUUGUUGCAAUAAUUAAAACAGAUUCACAUAUAAUAGAUCACAUCUUUAAAUAUUUUAACAUUUCAUUACAACAUUUUAUAAAUAAAUUUAAUACGGAAAUAGCCAAAAAUAAUUUUAAAAAAAUAGGACAAGAACCACAUGAUGAUAAUCAUAUUCAACCCCAGCAAAUAGAGUUGCAAAAAUGUAGUACUGAAAAUAAUGACCAAGAAAAAAAAUUCAUAAAUAAUAUAAUUGAUAAGAAAAUAAAAAACGAAGAAUAUAAUAAUGUUGUUCUAAACAAAUUAGAUAAAGAAUCAACCAAAGAUAAUAAUACUGAAUUAACUAGUAACGAAAAUUAUGAAUCUGAAAAAAUUACAGAUAUAUUAAGUAACUAUAAUAAUAAUAAUAAAAUGGAGAAAAAUGAUAUAGAUACUGAAUCGAUAACACAUCAAAACGAAGAAGAAAAACAAAAUGAUGAAAUAUUUUUAGUUAAUAAUAAUAGUGUCAAACGAAAUAGCCAAAAAGAAUUAAAAUUGAAUAAGGAAAUAAAAUUUUCAGAAAAUUGCAAAUUAGUUCUUCAAAAUGCUAUUUUAGAAGCAAAAAAAAAAAAAAAAAUUAUUGUUAAUCUUACUGAUAUAUUAAUAUCUAUGAUUAAUAUUGCUCAGGAAAAUAAGGAAUGCGAUUUUGUAAAAUAUUUAAAUGAACUUAAUAUAAGUUUAAGUGAUUUAAAAAAACAGGUGAAUAAUUAUGACGAAAAUAAUUUGAACUCAAAUCUUAUUCAUUAUUCGAUUAUCAAAAAUACAAUUCAAAAUCAUGGAGAAAAUAAUAAUGAACAUCAAGUUGGAAAUAAAAAUUUGAAUCAUUAUUCUGAUAAACAAAAUAGAAAUAUGCCUGACCAAUCAAACAAUAUCAUAAACAAUAUGAAUAACGAAUAUAUAAAUCAAGAAAAAUAUUUCAAAAAUAAUGAUGACAAUAAUUUUACACAAAAUAAUAAAUUUAUAUCUUCAAUAAUUACAAAAGAUUGCUUAAUUGAUAUGAUACAACGAGCAUUUGAAAAAAGGUUAGACAAUUUUUUUGGAAGAAAAGAUGAAAUAAAAAGAAUAAUCGAAAUAUUAGGAAGGAAAAAAAAAUCGAAUCCAUUAUUAAUUGGAGAAGCAGGAGUUGGAAAAACAGCUAUUGUUGAACAACUAGCAUAUUUAAUAUUAAAAAAUAAAGUACCAUAUCAUUUACAAAAUUGUAAAAUAUUUCAAUUAAAUCUUGGAAAUAUUGUAGCGGGAACUAAAUAUAGAGGAGAGUUUGAAGAAAAAAUGAAACAAAUAUUAGCAAACAUAAGUAAAGAUAAAAAAAAUAUUUUAUUUAUUGAUGAAAUACAUGUAAUUGUUGGAGCAGGAAGUGGAGAAGGAUCGUUAGAUGCAUCUAAUAUAUUGAAGCCAUUUUUAUCAUCAGACAAUUUACAAUGUAUUGGAACCACUACUUUUCAAGAAUAUUCAAAAUAUAUUGAAACAGAUAAAGCAUUGAGAAGAAGAUUUAAUUGUGUUAAUAUAAAACCACUUAAUAGUAAUGAAACAUAUAAACUGUUAAAAAAAAUUAAAAAUUCAUAUGAACAAUAUCAUAAUAUAUAUUAUACCAAUGAAGCUCUAAAAUCAAUUAUACUCCUUUCUGAUGAUUAUUUGCCUAGUCUGAACUUUCCAGAUAAAGCUAUUGACAUUUUAGAUGAAGCUGGAUCUUAUCAAAAAAUAAAAUAUGAAAGAUAUAUCACAAAAAAAUUAAGAAAUGAAAAUAACAUUAAGAUUGAUCCAAUUAAAGUAAAAGAAAACGUAAACACAAAUAAAACAGAUCAUACUAUAAAUACAACUUCUAACAAAAUCGACAAUAAUUCUACAAAUAUAACAUCUAAAAUUGAAUCUAAUUAUCUCAUUGAUGAUCUUCAUAUGAAAUAUGUGACAUCAGAUGUGAUAGAAAAUAUAGUAAGCAAAAAAUCGUCUAUUUCAUUUAUUAAAAAAAAUAAAAAAGAAGAAGAAAAAAUACAAAACUUAAAAGAAAAAUUAAAUAAAAUCAUAAUAGGGCAAGAAAAGGUAAUAGAUAUAUUAUCAAAAUAUUUAUUUAAAGCUAUAACAAAUAUUAAAGAUGCUAAUAAGCCAAUUGGUACACUUUUAUUAUGUGGAUCGUCUGGUGUUGGAAAAACAUUAUGUGCUCAAGUUAUUUCACAAUAUCUAUUUAAUGAUGAUAAUAUAAUUGUAAUAAAUAUGAGCGAAUAUAUAGACAAACAUUCGGUCAGUAAAUUAUUUGGUAGUUAUCCAGGUUAUGUAGGAUAUAAAGAAGGUGGUGAAUUAACUGAAUCUGUAAAGAAAAAACCGUUUUCAAUUAUACUUUUUGAUGAAAUAGAAAAGGCACAUAGUGAUGUUUUACAUGUACUAUUACAAAUUUUAGAUAAUGGAUUACUAACUGAUUCAAAAGGAAAUAAAGUUUCUUUUAAAAAUACCUUUAUAUUUAUGACCACAAAUGUCGGUUCAGAUAUUAUAACUGACUAUUUCAAGGUAUACAAUAAAAAUUAUGCAAACUUUGGUUUUAAGUAUUAUACUCAAAAAGAUAAAAUCGAAAAAGCAGAGCUUCAAAAUCCAACUAAUAGUAACACACAUAAUGAUAAAGAUAAAAUACAAACAGAUCUCGAUAUUUUCGAAGAAAAAAUAAAAACAAAUAAAUGGUAUGAUGAACUUCAACCAGAAAUUGAAGAAGAAUUAAAAAAAAAGUUUUUACCAGAAUUUUUAAAUAGAAUAGAUGAAAAAAUAUUAUUUCGUCAGUUUCUUAAGAGAGAUAUUAUACAAAUUUUAGAAAAUAUGAUUGAAGAUUUAAAAAAAAGAAUUAAAAAAAGAAAAAAACUAAAUAUAUUAAUAGAUGAUAAUAUAAUUAAAUAUAUUUGUUCUGACGAAAAUAAUAUUUAUGAUAUAAAUUUUGGAGCUAGAUCAAUUAGGAGAGCAUUAUAUAAAUAUAUAGAAGACCCUAUUGCCGCUUUUCUAAUUUCUAAUGAAUAUGACCCUAAUGACACUAUACAUUUAACCUUAUUACCUAACAAUAAAAUUCAUGUAAAACUACUAAAGCAUACUAUCACUUCGCUAUCUUAA